GUUCCCGCUCAUACAGUGUGGUCAGCGGCAGACUCCUGGUCGAGAAGAGGUCUGUCUUGGUCUGCUUGAAGGUCUGCUGUGGCUGCAGUGCCUCCUUGGCGUGCCACACUGCCACUGCGGAACUCCUCCCGGUAGCCAUCCUCGUCGUCAUAGCUGCCCAGUGAUGAUUCCUCCUCAAUCCACUCCCAACCCACCAGCAGUGCCGUCACGUCGUCCAGGGUCUCGGGCGUGCCCGUGAUGCACUGCUCCUGGUCUCGCCGCUUGCCGACGGACAGAGGGACAGCGGCAACUGGACCCUCCUGCAUGAAGGGGGGCGGCUCGCCGGCAGCACGGGCACAGGGCACAGACUGUCCUUGAAUGCACAU